ACUUUGUUGUGUCUCCUCGGCUCCACGCUGCGCAGCUUUCCACACGGGGCGGGGUGUCGCUCAGUCCGGCGCACUGCGCACCGGCGCACAGCUUCUGUCCUCGCUCUCUGCCCGGCUGCGACAACACAACAUGGGGCUGGAGAAGGAAAAAUUGGACACGAGCAUAAUUAUGGACGAAGACGAAUUUAACAGAUCGAUAGAGCCGAUUCUGUUGAAAAAGGGGAAGGUGUACGCAGCGGCUUCGGAUCGGGAUCCAAACAAUAUCAACGUGCAUCUCAAGGUGGGAUUUGAAGAUGUCAUCGGAGAGCCUGUUUCCACACAUAGCUUUGACAGGGUGUGGAUAGGAAGUCACGCCGCUUUUGAGCUAGUCAAAUUCAUCUUUUACCGCCUGCUGACCACAUUGCUGGCUGUCCCCAUGGCCUUCAUCCUUGGACUGGUCUUUGGACUGCUCAGCUGCGUUCAUAUUUGGGUGGUGAUGCCCGUCAUCCAGAGUGUGAUGAUGUUCUUACCGUCAGUGCAGACAAUAUGGAGGAGUCUGACAGACAUGCUUGUAACGCCGCUCUUCUACAGCAUGGGGAAGUGCCUGUCCUCCAUUCGAGUGCAAACUACGGAAAACUGACACGGACCUAUCUAUCUUCUAGGAAGAGGUGGAGGAGCUGCAGGAUAGAGUGGAGUCCAUGGAAAGAAAGUUAUAAUUAUUCCAGUGGAACAAAAGCUUUUAUUAAAGUCAAAUAUGACAUUUGGUCAUGUCAUGGCUUCAAGGUUACAUGUUGCUACUGCGGGUUGUGAUUCCAUCUGGACCAAAUGAGGUGAAAAAGUGAAUGAUUUUACAUUUCAUUUGAUUUAUUUUAGCCUGUAUUUACUGGGGACUACAUAUACAGUAAAAAUCACCUGUAAAUAAACAAAAAUAGGCUUUUAGUUGCUGUUUAAAGGUUUAAGAAGAGCUCAUGUGCAUAACCAGAAUGUUUUUUUUGCUGUUUAUGACCAAAAAUAAUGCUGUCAUUCCGUUACUGUGUGGCUGAGUUACUGAAUCAGUUAUUGUUGAGGCUAUCGUACUGCUGAUAUGCUGACAGAUGUAAUAUUCCUGCUUCAUGAACAUAUGUUGUUUAACAUUCAGCUAGAAGCUGAAUGUAAUAAGCUGAGUUAUAGUUAGCUAUUAGAAAGAAUUUUAUUUUAAUAUUAAAUGCUGAGUUGUAGCUUGUUGCACAUUUGCAGGCUUGUGUCACUGUAGGUGAUGUGUUGAUCUUAGAACGAUGUCAGCUAUUUUCUUUUAUAUGGAGUUAUUAUUUAAGUAUGUGAGAAGAAACAGCAUUACAGUUGAUUGGGGAAGGGGUGCUGUAUCCUUUUUGCAGUGGGUUUUUGAGAGUUUGGUUUUGCCUGCACAGUCAUGGUAUACAGCUUUUUCUUUGUUCUUCUGUCAUCACAAGAACAAACCCACCUUAGACUCAGUUAAAAUUAGACAAUCGUGUUGACGUUGGAUUUUUCUUUUCCUAAUUUAGGUCAACAAAAAGCUAAAACACUAGAAGGCCUCAGUAUUGCAAACAACAGCCGCAUCCAGAAGACUGGUGACGUCAGUGGAUAUAUGCUUCCAUCUUCCUCUUAGCUCCUGUAAAAAGACUCCGCUCCAAACAGGAGCAUAAAGCUUUUCAGUUACCAGAUGUUUCUGUCAUUAGCAACAAGCUGCUAGAUUGGUCUGUUUGUGAAUCAACACUGAGCAGACAGGGUGUACAAAGGGUCCAGUAUAUGAGCUAAUAUGUCUCUUACUGUUAACUCUCUGCAGCGGAUCAUAGAAAGAGGAUGCACAUCCAGCCAUGCUGUCUUUGUAUUCAUUGUUACUUAAACUUGCACUUUGAGUUACUGUAAGCAAUAGAACUUCUAAAUAAAACUGUAUUUGGACAGUGCAUGAGAUGAUGCUUUGCUUUACGUUCAGUUUAUAGCUGUUUGGAUAAAUUAAAGACAGGGUUAUGCAAUACAGGAAGACAAAUGUGUGAAGAGAUAUUUUUUUAUGUAGCACUUAUCGACCUCAGAUCUGCCCAACUACUCAUUCCUCAAAUGUCAUGCAUAUAUUUAGAUUUUAGAAAAGAUGAUAUGACAUCCAUCUAUGAGUUAAAAAUAUUUUAACCAACUUGGAUUUUGUUUUCUGAAAGGUUUCUGACGAGGAACUCAUACUUCAGUAGGCCAAAUCUGUGUUUUACGACCAAAAUAAAGAUGUUUUCUC